AGGUGGAUAUGUUAGCUGUUCUUUGGUUUCCGUUGUACCUUUUAACAUGAGCUGUGCGUGGUACUAUGGCUGUAAUUCUAAAAGUCGUCAUAUCCGGCCCACAUUCACUCGCGUGAUCGACAUGACAUCUAGGCCUCUUCUGGAACUCCUCCCACUACUCAAACCUACCACUUGCACCACUAUAAAAGAAUUCAUCAAUCACUCGUACUACCUCAGAUCAGUCAAGACAUGGAAGCAAGCAAUACCACUAAUAUUUCACUGAAUCAAACGGGUUGUGCUACGACCGACACAGUCGCCGAGACGAUUAUUAAAACUGUCGCACAAUGUGCUCUCUUGUUGGCGUCGCUGGUUGGAAAUGCCCUGGUGAUCUUGGUGAUUUACAGGGUGAAGAGCAUGCGGACCACGGUCAACUAUUUCCUUAUGAACAUGGCUGUAUCUGACCUUAUCAUUCCUGCCGUUGUGCUGCCUCGAGACAUCCUCGAGACAAGCUCAGGGUCGGUGGCAUGGCGCCUUAACGGAGGCUUAGGGGUCGCCACAUGCAAGUUCGUGUACUUUUUAUCUGAUAUCACUCCUUCGGUCUCUGUGCUCAGUCUAGUAUUCAUGACUUGCGAUCGUUUCUGUGCCGUCGCUUUCCCGUUCAAAGCAAGCCUGAUCCCCUCCGCGGUUCGUCGCUCCCUCAUAGCCAUCACCUGGCUUGUGUCCAUGGCGUUUUUCGCGCCUUAUUUUUACUCGUUUGAACUUGUACCCGGUGAAAAUGGCGAUGUGUUCUGCAGAUUAACCUGGGGAGAUAGGAUCCACAUCAUUUUUAUAACUGUCAUUUGCUUGACUUUUAUUGUGAUCCCCUUUGCACUGCUAGCCAGUAUUUACACCGCAAUCCUAGUCAUCCUUUACCGGAACCGCGGCACUGGCGAAGAGAUGGAGCGCGAGAGAAAACGGCGGGAAAAGGUCAACAAAACAGUGAUGAAACUCGCGCUUGCGAUUGUACUGCUGUUUGCUUUGUGCUGGGGGCCUUACAAUGGUGUGAUUUUCACCAUUGCUUUUGUUUGGCAAAAUAAAAUCCCUAGAACAUGCAGUUUUUCGACCAUAUGGUUUAUAGCAAGGUACUUGGCGUAUAGCACAUCGGCUCUUAACCCUCUUGUGCUAUUUGCGCUCAACGAGAACUACAGAAACGGGCUGAAGCGAGUGCUUGGGAUUCGCCGGAGUGCAGAAAUCGUCGUAUCGAUGGAGACGAAUACACGUUUCCUAAGAGCACGACAGUUUACCAAGACUACCAAAGAGCAAGGAAAGCGUUACCUCGAUACCAAGAAAAACUAGUACAAACAAAGCAGAAUUUUCCUUUCCGUGGUUUGACUUUUACAAAUAAAAGAACAAGUAAAUUAACAAAGAUGUAGGGAGAGAACACCUGAGGAAGUACCUGCCGUAAUAUUGUACAUAGGUAAAAAGCAACACUGUGUUGUGUCAACGUUUUUCUUUUAAAAAAGUCAAUAAAGUUAAUCACACUUUGA